CGUUUUCCAAAUAUAUCGCAAUCCCUCAUCUGUAUUUUAAUUUUAAAACUACAAACAUGGUAGAUACAAUUUCCAAACGCUUUCAUUUUUGGGGAAAUCGAAAAAGUUUCGUUUAGCCUGAAGUCAGCAUUUCCUUUUUAACUUUCGUGUUUGCUUUCAGUUUAACGCGAGUGUGUUGCUCAGAGCAGGCUGCACUUCAGAGAGACUCUGCUGGAGUCUGAUCUUCUCGUGCAUCAGCUGUGAUCAUGUUGUGUUUUUGGGGAGCGCAGGUCAGAGAGGGUUUGGGGCUGGUAAAGCUUGACCAAGUCAAACAUGGCAAUUCUGGAAUACGAUCUGUGUGUCCGAAAUUAAAUGUUCAGGACAUGUCAGCCGGAAGGAGUUUUGCUGGAUUUAUCCGGGAUGGGAAGGUCUCGGUCCUGAGAUUGCGCAGUGAAGAUCGUAAUGAUGGAAAACUAAUGCAACUACAGCUAAAGAAUGACAAAAUCAGACUGAUUGUCUGUGGAGCAGAUGGUGCGGUGCUUCUUUCUGAUUCAGGAAAAGUUCUCAUUAUGGACAAAUCUACUGUGUGCAAGCCUCUCAAAGGUCUGGAAAACAGGCAGGUGAUUCAGAUCGCAUGUGGAGACCAUCAUUCAGUGGCACUAACUAACGAUGGUCAGGUGUUCGUAUGGGGUGAGAACUCUCAUGGUCAGCUGGGUUUGAGGAAAGAUCAUCCCAGCUCUCCGUCUGCUCAACAUGUUCAGAGUCUAAGUGGGGUCCCGCUGGCUCAGAUCAGCGCUGGAGGAGACCACAGCUUUGUGUUGUCUCUCUCUGGAGUCGUGUUUGGAUGGGGAAAGAACUCUGCUGGACAGCUGGGCCUCGGAGACACUACAGACAGACACGUCCCAACGGUUGUAAAAAGCCUGAACUGGAAGAAAACUGUGUCAAUCUCAUGUGGAGGGGAACACACUGCCACUUUAUCAAAGGGCGGCACAGUGUUCACAUUUGGAUCUGGAGGUUCUGGUCAGCUUGGGCACAAAUCAUUUAGAGAUGAACAUCAUCCGCGGGUGGUUGCUGAACUGUGGGGGUCUGAAGUGUCACAGGUCACAUGUGGGAGACAUCACACACUCGUAUCAGUCGCAUCGUCAAAGUUGAUCUACUCAUUUGGAUGUGGGAUGCAAGGGCAGCUGGGAAACGGAGAAAUGAUCAAGCAGUCUGUGCCUUUCCCUGUGGAUCUGCCAACUGAAUGUAAUCAUGACUAUACGAUAAAAAUCAUCGCUGGGGAGAAUCAUUCCUUUGCCUUGUUUUUCAAAGAACUUGAAAGUAAGGGCAAAUCCAAUCCAAGCAGACCGGUUUUGACAUUAAACGACAGAAUGAUUGACCGAUGGCUGUCUGGAACUGAUCCAUCGGCAACAAUAAAACAGGAAAUAAACGCAGUGUUCUCCUCCGCUGCCUCUCUGAAUGGAAGUUUUCUCAAAAUGAAUUGUGAUGAUCAUUAUCAGAUGUCUGAAGAGCAUUGUGGUUUGGAUUUUGAUCUAGUUAAAUCAUCCUUUGCAAGGUUAUCAGAGAAUAAAAGCUUGAUAUCAGAGGUAGUGAAGGUGGUUGAACAGAUGCUCCGAUCUCUGAAUCCAAAUCCAACUGGUGUGGAAUCACUGAGAAUUUAUCUUCUCCUCCCUGAGCUCAUCAGACAUCUCAAGAAACAACAAAAAACCGAACUCACUGAAGCUCUGGCUUCUAAAAUCCUUCAGCUGGAUCCUGAUUCUCACAAGGUGUUAGAGAAGUACUGGUCCAAACUCCCUGAUGAUUGGCUCAAAAGCCUGGUGAAGAUAUUUCGCAGAGCAUCUGCUGAGCUGAUUGGCCAGAUUUCUUGUGGUAAAAUGAGCUGUGACUUAACUAGACGCCUGAAGAAGUUUUUGAAGAUCCUUCAGAUGAUCUAUCAGGUCUGCUGCAGUGCUAACAGAGACAUCCCAAACAGAGAUUUCAUCAUUCAUGAGAUCAAUGAUCUACUAGAUACGCUGCAAGCCACCUUGGAGGACCUGUUACUGCAGUUUUUGCAGUUAUGGCAGUCUGGUAUGACUGUUGAUUGGGAGGAUAUGCUGAAAUUGAAAGAUUACUACUUUGGAACUAUUAACAUAUUGGUCAAGUUCCCUUUUGUGGCUGACAAUGUAUCUAAACGGAGAAUGUUUCAUUACUUACAGUGUCAACUCUUCAGAUUCAGGGCCAAUGGCAACGUGUUGCACAUAAACAGAGAAUCAGUGUGGUUGGACACACUUACGUAUCUCAGAAAAAAAACCCACUCAUUUCGUAAUCCAUUGCAGUCCAAAUUCAUCGGGGAGAAUGGAACAGGUAUGAGAGGUUUAUCGGCAGAAUUUUUCUCCCUUCUUUCCCAGUCUCUUCUGAAAUGGGAGAAGAAGGUGCUGGAAGUCCAUGAGAGUUCACUGGUUUGGUUCAAUCCUGAUGGCAUGCAAGCUAAUAGAGAUUUUUACUAUCUCGGUGUUAUCUGUGGAAUGGCGCUCUACAACCUUCAUUAUAUAAACAUUGACUUCCCACUGGCCUUGUUCAAGAAACUCCUCCAGCAGAGUCCCACUCUGAAUGAUCUGGAGGAACUAUCUCCCGUGGAGGCCAGAAGUCUGAAAAGCCUUCUUGAGGAGGACGAGGACGAGGUAGUGGAUAUGCUCUUUUUGGAUUUCACGGUCAAAGGAAAAAAACUCAUUCCAAACGGAGAUCAAAUUCAAGUGACCAAAGUUAAUAGACAGAAGUAUGUGGAUUUGUAUGUCGACUUCGUUUUCAACAAGUCCGUGAAGAAACAGUUCGAGCAUUUUUCACAUUUUUGAAUGACUGCCUUGUGCAAGAGCAUGUUCCACCCCGAGUGAACAGAACUCCAGGAGCUUCUCCACGGCUCCCCUAAAUACGAGUGGAAGGAGCUUCAGCAGUAAAAAAUGUUCUGUGCUUCCUAUGAAGAGUGCUCUGCCUCUGAUGAGCUCAUCAAGAAAGCUUCUGGACUGUUUUGCUUUGAGUUAUCUGAAGAGAACAAGAAGAAGUUUCUGAGUAGGUUUUACCGUGUACCUGUGGGAGGUUUCUCAAAGCGCUCUCUGAAGAUUUUACUGUUAGAGUGUCCUGAUGCAGAUGACCGACUGCCAGAGGCCCAGACCUGUUUUGGCAGAUUAAUUCUUCCCAAAUACAGUGAUAUCAACACACUUCGCAACAAGCUUAUACAUGCAGUCAGCUUUUGUGAGGUUUUUGGACGAGGGUGAACUCCCCUUGAGGUUUCAACCCCAAAAUAUAGGCUAUACAGUCACAGAUUUACCACACAGAUGUAACACAGAUCACUCUUGCUGGGAGCAAAACAUUUUGCUUAAUGUUGUCACAUUAUUUAUGUAGAUUUAUAUAGGUAUCAUAAAAAAAAUAAGUAUUUGUAAAUAAACACAAUAGGAGAGCUAUAUUCUGUUUUUAGCACUAUUUAGUAAUUUGGCACAUUGUAAUUUUUAUCACAUUAUAAAAUACAUUUUGGUAUGUCACCUCAUAACCUUAUUAUAUGUUUUGUUAUUUGGUGUUAAAAUAAAAAUACGUUCUCCUAAAUAUUUCUCACAUUAUCUUUUAAAUUAUAUAAUUAUCAUUCAGGGCCGCUGCUGGUCAAAAGGUUGCUCUAAGCAGGAUUGUUGUGCACCCUCAAAUAUCAUGGAAGUAAAAACUACUAUAGGGGUCAAAAUAGAACUUUAAUAAAAUAUAAAAGUAAAUGAAUAAAUAAAUUGUAUUAUUUACAAAUUAUAAAUCAAGAGUUACCUAUGGCUAUAUGAUUUUAGUAAUACAGUUGUAAGAUUGAUUUUAUAGUCUCAAAAUCAUGCAAAAGAAAAUUAAGCAGUUACUACGAUAAAGCUAUGGUUAAUUUUUGUAAUUUGUGAUGUUCACAUGUUUUUUUGUUGUUGAAGAAAUUAUAAAGGCUGUGUGGUCUAUAUAUAGCAAAAAGGUGGCCAAAAAUUAAAGACUAAGUGGAUCUUUGAAUUAAAUGUUUGGUCAAUAGCCUACAAGGAUUUGAUUGUCCUGUAAGUGCAGCAGCAGCAAUUACAAGGCCUUUGGCUCCCUUUGCAUGCAUUUGUAAUAACAUGUACAUAAAUUGUUUAUUUUGUAUUACAUUAUGUAUUUUAACAGUGUUAUUGAAUGAAACCAUAUAAUUAUAAAUUAACCAAUCAUUAAGGUUAUUGUUGGCUUGGGUCUGUUUUU